AUGCCGCUUCAAGGUAGCGUCUCAUUGCUGGACGCUUCACCAUCCAGCUUGCCGAAGGAUGACUAUAUAGCUCAGGUGGAGCCGCGUAGCAUCGUUACAGCACAGAUCUCUUCGAUGUCGCCAGGGAGUUGUACUCACGCCUUCCGACUUUCUGCGGUUGUGGAACGUCCUGGUCUUGGUAGCGCAGACAGCUCGAAGAGCUCCCCCUUGCCUGAGGAAUUCGGCGGAUAUGCACAAGCAGAAGUGGUCAGGAAGUGCAACGCAGAAGUGGUCAGGAAGUGCAACGCGCCGAGUAUUCUCAUUUUGCCAAGCCAAGACGUUGCCUUUUUUGCAGGGGAUGCUGUUGAUAGCCAAGCGAAGCCUGUUGCUGUCGGCUCCCCACAAGGCACUCUGGAGGAACCCACAUUUGGGCAUUUCUGGAAUCCUGCAGCACCUGCCGACGGCGCAGUCACUCGCAGUCCGCUACCGGAAGUUCUGGACGGAGAGGCUUUCUCAGUGUCAAUCGACACUGUCAUGUGCCAAAACAAGAUUCCGUCUAGGGAGAGUUGCGUGACCGGUGCGAAAGAUGAAUUUGAUUUGCUGGCAGGGAAUCUGAAUCUACUGCGAACUGCAACUGAGAAAAUUCGACGCUUGGAUAUUGGGACUGCUGUAGGUUUGGCCAGGACCGAUUACCAACUUGAUAACAGAAACGAAUUGAGGGAUGAACAGACACUUACAACAUCUGGGACCAUGGAUAGUUCUGCCUUGCCGUUGUUGCGUAACAGUGAAUGCGCAGAGGUAUUGAGUAGCUCCAACAUUUCGCCGGCGGGUAGAGAGAGGCAAAGAUGUGCCAAUACGGUUCCAAAAACUGGAACGCAUGACGGAUCUCUGGAUUAA